AUGGCUGCUGAAGGACAGGAGAUCCCGGAGGAGAUUAAGGCCGAGCAGGUGCCUGCCCAGGAAGGACAUGAUGAUGAGGUAGGUGUGGUUGUCUUUCACAGAGAGCAGCUCUUUGUUCUGCGAUCUUUGAAUCAUUUCUUUGAUCCCUGUGAAGAAAUUGCAGCCAUGAAGCGCCGCGUUGCUGAGAUGGAGUCCGAGGCUGCCAAGCUGCGCGAGAUGCAAGCUACCCUCGACCAGCAGACGGAGAACCUCCAGGAAAACAAGGAAGAUAUUGAUGCGCGGAGCAUUUUCGUGGGAAAUGUCGAUUACGGUGCUUCCCCAGAGGAGAUUCAGGCUCACUUCCAGAGCUGCGGCUCUAUCAACCGGGUGACGAUCUUGCUUGACAAGUUCUCUGGUCAACCCAAAGGUUAUGCGUACGUUGAGUUCUCGGAGCCCAGUCUGGUCGGUCAGGCUCUGGUCUUGAAUGAGAGUGUGUUCCGUGGUCGUAAUCUCAAGGUAUGUCUCUCUGGCAAAUGCUUCCAUCUUUGCAUUUCGAGAUUGCUCACUGUCUCGCAGGUGGUUCCCAAGCGUACCAACUUGCCCGGUAUGCACCGCGGUCGUGGACGAGGUGGCUUCCCUCGCGGUCGUGGCCGUGGCUUCCCUCGUGGUGGUGGCUACCGUGGUGGUUACCGCGGUGGCCGUGGCCGUGGUUUCUCGCCCUACUAG